AUGCCCAUGGACAUGUUCAAGGCCACCAACAUGACGUCCAUGUGCGACCAGUGCCGCGCCUUCUUGCAGACGUACUGCGGGCCCGAUCCGAGCUGCCGACAGCUCAUGACCGACUUCCAGCGCAAUAUGAACCAAACGAUCCUCAGCAUGACCAAAGCCGGCAACGGAAGCUUCGUCGACGUCUCGGGUCUCAUCGCGCGCAGCGUGCCGGCGUCGACAUCGUCGCUUGCAGCGUCCGUCUUUGGGCUCUACCACUCGUGCCUCGCGCAAUACCAGUGUUCGCUCGUGCAGAUGCCACCCGGUGCGUCUGACGCGCCUGUCCUUGUCGCGAGCAACGAAACGCACGUGGUGACGAUCCGCAACACAUCGGCCAGCUUUUCUCUCACAUUGGCGUACCCGGCACUCAAUGUGACCAUGGCCAUCCGCAGUUCCAUGUCGCCAAGCGAUAUCCAGUUUGGGCUGGCGUCGCAGUGGAGUGCAUCGAUGCCGCCAAAGGCGUCCCUCGACUGCGCCGACAUAUGUUUCUUGACAUUGACGUUUCCGUACUCGAUUUUGCCGCUGUCACCCGCCGUUGUCGCCGUGAACGGCGCCACUGUCUCCAUCGACAAGUCGCACACUGCGCUGCAAACCCUCAAGGUCGUCCGUGUGGAUAUGGCACCGGCGAUGAACCCGACGAUUGUUCAGAGCCCGACGUGCAAGCGCUGUAUGGAGUACAUUGACAGCUGCUACAACAGUCCUUCUGGCUGUGCGAGCGUGCUCCUAUGUGCGAGCGCAGACAACGGGACACAGACGGUGCUCAACGGGUCCUUCGACGUGGCGUCCACCGGGCUCUACGCGACGCGAAGUGUCAACGUCUCGUCGUGCUUUACGAAUGUGACGCUGGCGAGGGCGGCCCCGUACCUCACAGCGACGAGUUGCUUUGCACUCAACAUGUGCCCUCAGAACGCGACGCUGCGUCAGAUCCUAGCCGAUCGAAGUCUCGUGGCCGUGUUGACUCCUGGCAUGCAGAUGUUUGUUGUCUCGGGCGCCCUCACGGCGUCGGUGAGCCUCGAGUUCAGCCUCCUCGGCGCCUACCUCGGCAAGAUAGAGUACCUCUCACUCUACUCGUCGCCGUUCGUGCUCACGAGCCAGCUCCAAGCGAUGUUGGCAGCGUGGGGUGGGGUCUCUCUCUCGACCUUUCAAGCCACCAAUGCGUCGUGGUACAUUCAAAUUUCGUACAACAACUACGUCGGACCGCUGCCGACGGUCACGAUCACCUCGUCCGCGUCGGCCACGACGUCUCUUGUUAGUGCGCAGAGCCCGUUGCCAGCGUACCAAGUCGUGCCGCUCAGUGCGGUCAAGUUUGGGUUCCCGUACCAAGCCAAUGCCAGGGUGCCAACAGCGGCCCCGAUUCCUACGUCGCCGGCGCCAUUGCCCAUGUACGGUACCAUCAUGUUCCCGUCGGCGAGCCAAGCAAACAACACCGCGGCGAUGAAUGCGACGACACCGGCCAUGGCCACUGUCUGCGACGAGUGCCAAACGUACUUGCGCGCUAACUGCCUCUCAGACUCCAACUGCACAUCGCUUCUCAUGAGUUUCCGGGCGGCCAUCAACGCCAACGUAUCCUCGCUGCUUGCCAAUGGCUCGCUCAUGUCGGCGCCGGUGCCGAUUGCUUCGGUGCUUUCGGGACCUCAAACGAUGUUUGCGACCACGUCGCUCAAGUCGAUGACACCAUUUGCGCUCUACUUCUCGUGCAUGAGCAACUACCAGUGCGCACUCAACACGACAAUGGUCAACGGAACGCUAAAGAACGUGGUCCUCUCGACGACGCCCGAAGUCCACGUCGUUACUGUGCCCAACACGACCGUGACCUUCAACACAACCAUCUCGUACCCAUCGCUCAACGUCUCGCUGGUCGUGACAAACAACGCGUCAAGCGGGCUCAAUGACGCGCUCCAGUCAGUCUGGGGCGUCUCGCUAACGCCCACCGCUGUGCUCGCUUGCGAACUCACGUGCAACGUCACGCUGACAUUCCCCAACCUUGCGAUUCCGCUGCCAUUGCCGAUAGUCACGUCGUCGUUCGCGACGGCCGCCGCGAUGCGCGCCGUGCUCGGCAACCAGACGCUGACGCUGUUGCCGACGACGAUGAUCACCAACACCGCCCUCGUGCUCAGCGCAACGUGCAGUGCAUGCGUGUCGCAGUUUAGCGCAUGCGCUGCCAACGCGGCGUGUGCCAACAUACUGAGCUGCUGGCGCACGAAUGCAUCGAUUGCGUCGACCCUCAACGCUCUCCAAGCGACACCACAGUUGUUGUCGGUGAACGCGACGGCCAAUGCGACCCUCUGUUUUGCCAACCAAACCUUUGCGAGCGCGAGUCUCUUUGCCGCCGCGACGAGCUGCCUCCUCCAGAACAAGUGCCCUGUCGCUGCCGACUUGAGUCUCGCGGCCAACGUCACGUCCAUCUUGGCCAACCGCAUGAUUGUUCCAACGGCGACGCCAGCGGUCCAAACGAUCUUCUUGGACACGACCAACAAUGUGACUUUGCAGCUGAGUCUCUUUGGCUCGAGCGUUGGCAGCGUGCCCAAUGUGGCAUUUUCAUCGGCAUUGAUGGUACAGUCGACUGUGCAGGCGCUACUCUGGGGCCUCGGCCAAGUGAACGCCACGUACGUGAUGACGACCCCGACCUCGUGGGCUCUCACGCUCUCGUACACGAACUACAUUGCGCCGCUACCGAUCAUCACAGUCGUUGGCGCGACCCAAAAUAUAUCGUCCGUGCCACCGAGCUGGCUGUACAAAGUCGUCCCGUUCAACGUCACCGCGUUUGGCUUUCCGUACACGACCAAUAGCGCGGCUGUCUCGGCGCCGGCCAUGCCGCUGAACGCCAAGUGCCAAGGCUGCGCGUCACUCGCCGCCCAGUGCGCCAUGUCGGCGGCGUGCGCGUCGAUCGUCUCGUGCGUCUCGGAUUCGGUGACCGCCAACUUUACUACGGCGCUCGCGGCAGCCGCUUUGUGGUCGCCGAUCGAGUACACGUCCGUGGUCGCGAGCUGCACGGCCAACGUCGCGUACUCUGCGUGGUAUUUAUACGCGCAGGUGAUGACGUGCAACGACGUCAACGUGUGUCCGCUGCUGUCCACGACCGCGUCGGUCGCCGCAGGGCGAAUGCUCACACCGUACUCGUCGAGCACGAAGCAACGCAUCGAAGUGAACGCGACAGCCGGUGCCGUUCUGAACGUCAAGUUUGCGAUCGGGUCGACGUACAUCGGUGCGCUCCUCAACAUGACGUCGGACACGGCAGGAUCCAUGACGGCGGCCGAUUUGACGCGGCAACUGCAGAUGAUGUUUGCCGGUAUCGCUACGGUGAAUACCAUGACGUGGGUGGACACCAGCAGGGGGACGUGGUACAUUGCCAUCGCGUUUCUCACUUACUAUGGCCCGCCGCCGACGCUUACUGUCUAUGGCUCCUACAACGCGACGCAAGUACUCCUCGAAGAAUCGCGCCACUUUGUACAAGUCGUGCCUUACGAUGCACUGUCCUACUACCCGUACUAGACCCGCCGCCAAUACAUUACUACUGUAGUACUGGUCUGCGUUCAAUCAGAUAUACAUUGGAAACGUUUGCCAAGAGUUGCCUCCUUGUGUUUGUGCCACCGCUGCUUGCAGCACUUGGCGAACU